UGCGGCUCGUCCGAAACAGCUGGUUAGCAUAGCUUGGAGGCUAGCAGCUGCCCCGCAGGGUGUAACGAUGGCAGCGGAACCGAAGCAUUAGCACUGAUGCUAAAGCGAACAAAGCCCGGGAUUCUUCUAAAGCGCAAUUACUCAUUUAAGAGCCGCGCUAACUGCUAGCCCGCUUGCUAACGGCUAACUAGCCCGGUUAGCCCCGGACAGCAGCAGCUGCUCGUCGCUCCUCGCGUCGAACCCGCUGAAGCCGUUAAAAUGGAACCAAACGUCCCGAAGCGACGCGACAACAAGAAGUCUCUGCGCGUGAAGGUGAUCAGCCUCGGGAACGCGGAGGUGGGGAAGAGCUGCAUCAUCAAACGUUAUUGUGAGAAGAGGUUUGUCCCAAAGUAUUUGGCCACAAUCGGCAUCGACUACGGCGUCACCAAAGUUCAGGUCCGAGACAGAGAAAUCAAAGUGAACAUCUUCGACAUGGCGGGUCACCCCUUCUUCUACGAGGUACGUAACGAGUUCUACAAGGACAGUCAGGGCGUCCUCCUGGUCUACGACGUGGGCCUCAGGGAGAGCUUCGAUGCGCUGGACAGCUGGCUCGGCGAGAUGAAACAGGAAAUGGGCUCCCAGGCCAACAUGGAGAGCAUCGUCUUCAUCGUGUGCGCCAACAAGGUGGACCUGACAAAGCGCCGCGCGGUGGACGAGGGGGAGGGGCGUCUGUGGGCGGAGUCACGAGGGUUCCAUUACUUCGAGACGUCGGCUCAAAGCGGAGAGGGCAUCAACGAGAUGUUCCAGGCCUUCUUCUCCUCCAUCACCGACAUGUGUGAGAACGGAGGGAAGCGCCCGGUGUCAGAGGUCAGCGUGGGCUUCACCAAGGAGCAGGCCGACACCAUCCGACGCAUCCGCAGCAGCAAAGACUCCUGGGACAUGUUGGGGGUGAAGCCUGGGGCCACCAGGGAGGAGGUGAACAAGGCGUACAGGAAGUUGGCGGUGCUGCUGCAUCCCGAUAAGUGCGUUGCCCCCGGCAGCGAGGACGCCUUCAAGGCCGUGGUGAACGCUCGCACGUCGCUGCUGAAGAACAUCAAGUAACUCCGGAUGCCAUUGGACGCCAACGGGCCAAUCACAGGCCGCCGUUUGAGCCGCGCAGGAAUUAAACGUCACGUUGCUGUUUUUCAUCGUGACGUUUAGUUCAAAGUGUCUAUCAAAGUCUACGGAGGACAAAGAGCGGCACAAAUACAUCAAAUAUUUAAAUGAAUACAACAAUUUGGCUUAAAUGAAAUGAACUCAAUUUAUUCUUAAAUUCCAGAGCUGUGAACUGUGCACUUUAAUUAAAGUCAAAAUACACUCAACAUUCAACUUUAAUGUUGAAAUAAAUAGAGAUUUAGGUCUGAAAAGCAAGAAGCAUCGGCUGCUUCCUGUUGAUGACAUCAUCAGAGCAAAAGUCCAAGGUCGUAGAUUAGAGAGAUUUUAUUGGAGAUUUACGGUGUGAUCUGAUUAGAAAAUGCAGACAAGGCGAGUUUUAGUGUUUUAGGGUAGUUUGUACACAUUUCACUGCGGCCUCCUAAAGAAAUACAAAACCAACCCAGAGGCACAUUAGAUGGACGGAGCUGAUCUUCAGGGGGGGGGACAUGUGGGGCUGGAGAUAAGCUGGGGGGCCGGAGCCAGGUCAGCGUUCCUUUUAUUCAAAGACGACGUGCCAAAUCCACGGGAAGAAAACGCAUGUUUGGUAUUUACAGUUAUAUUGUACAUUAUUAUGAAAUAAAUGUGUUCCUUCAAAUAUAAAGUAUGUUGUUUGCUCGUUUAAAUUUAGGUUUUCAGGUUUCUUUAAUAAGUUUAAAUGAUUAACUCAUAUUUAAUACUUUAAACUGGUUCAUUUCCUUGUUUACGUCUUUUUACUGUGGCUGUAAAUGUUGUUAUCUUGUUAAUAGUUUUAUAUUUUUACAUGUGUAAUAAAUGAAGGCAGAGUUCACUUCUUAUUAAUAUUUACACAUCAGUAAAUUCAUAUUCACACAAUGUAUUUAUUGUAAACAAAAAGAGCGCAUUUAGUAUUACAAAAAAAUCAUUUCUAUGGUAAAUAUCAAUUCUGGUGGGAAGUGUUUAGUUUAUUUUAAGUUUUUUAGUUGUGUGUGUGUGUGUGUGUGUGUGUGUGUGUGUGUGUGUUUUGUUGAAAUUGCACGUUUUACUGGAUUGUUUUUAAAAUUAAAAAAGAAUCCUCUAAACUCAA